GGCCCCGCGCUGUGUCCGCCGCGCCAUGGCCGCGCUGGCCCGCACGCUCGGCAUCUUCGGCGCCUUCGUGGCCAUGGUGGGAGCCGCCUUUUACCCCAUUUAUUUCCGGCCGCUGCUGCUGCCGGAGGAGUACAAGAAUGAGCAGUCAAUAAACCGAGCUGGUAUUGUUCAAGAGGAUAUUCAGCCUGCAGGGUUAAAAGUGUGGUCGGAUCCAUUUGGAAGAAAGUAAUUGGCAACUGGAUGUAUUGCAAAACUGAAGAUGGACGUCUUCAGCUGCUUCUUCUUUCACUGAAGUGUGUCUUUAGGUGUCACUGGAGCAGAAUUCUGAAUAUGCUGUGGGCACAUGAGGAGCAACAAAGGCAACUGGUUGGAAUCCCAAGAGAUAAAAACAUGCUAGUUUUGAGAGAGAAUGCUGGUGCAUAGCUCACAGACUGUUAGAAAACUAAAUGAUUACUGAGUAUAGAAAUUAAAUAUUUAUUUCCUUGAGAAAAGGAAAGAGGAUUUUUUUCUAAUCUGUACUCUUGUAAAUUAUGGAUAGAAUAAAUCAUGCAGACUGCUGCAAUUUCCUCCUUAGUUUGAAAGUUACACCAUGGUGAGUGUAAAAUUGUACAUUAAAAAAUUUAAACCAA